AUGUCUUUGGUUUUCCAUAGAAAACCUAUGGCCCAUAGCGCCAAAACUCUCGAGCUACUUCUGGAGAAAUUUUCACUCUACAAAGAAGAGUGUAACCCAAAUGGGUCAGAUGAGGAGAUGUUUGAGGCAUAUUUGACCUCAACCAUUCUUAUAAAAGGUAGUAUAAAAACUACCAAACAGAGUAGAAACUCACUGCAGUCACUGAUAGACAAACUGCAGAUGAAAUACAGUGAUUCCAAAACAAAAGGCAACAAAAAGAACCUCGAAAAAGAAAUCGAGGAAAUUGAAAGUGAAACAAAAUUCACUGAUAUCAUGGCAAGAACAAAUGAAAUGAUAUUCAUGCUAGAAGCAAGAGCCGCAGAAGCAGCAAGUCAAGCUGAUAAAUUUGCAAGGAAGUUGGGAAUAAAAUUACAUAGAAACCAACGAAUAGUAACGCAUCUUGAAGAUGCAAGUAAUCGAUCGCCACAAACGGGAGGUGCCAGAACGGCAACAGAUCAAAGUAAUGACGAAACCUUCAGCCCAGAUGACGCAAUAUGGCUGUGA